GGCUAUUAUCCCUCGUUGCCCCUCACCCCCCACCGGUAACGCGCGUUACCUCCCCUCGAUCCCCUUCUGCCCCGAGCCCUCCUCCUCCCUCCGCGCCUCCCCUCGAUCCCCUUCUGCGCCGCCGCCUCCCCUCGAUCUCCUUCAAGUCCAACACCGCCGCCACCUCCCCUCGAUCUCCGUCUAGCCGUCGACAAUUCCCCUCGGCCCUCUCCUCCUGGUCUAGCCGCUUGGAAGGAAGACAUCACAUCGUCGGAACGCCAGCCGCCGCCGCCGCGCCGCCGAUGAAGAUGGACGGUUGAAGCUAGCGACGAGGAGCACCAAGGCCCGUCUCCGGAUUUCCAAUUGAUCUAUCCAUCCUCCAUCAACCUCGUGCCGUGGAUUUGGAGAUAUGGACCGCGUGGAUAGCUCAACCACGUUGCGUGGAAGAGGCAGGAACAAAAGGAAUUGGACUUCCGAUGAGGACGAUGAGCUAAUUAAAGCCUUGUAUGAGUUGUCUUUGGAUCCGAGGUGGAAAGCCGAUGGUACAUUCAAAGGUGGGUACUUGGCAAUAUUGGAAAAACAUCUUGCUGAGAAGUGUCCAGGCCGUGGUAUCACCGGAGUUCCACACAUUGAAUCAAGAGUGAGGCACUUCAGGAAGAAAUUUGGUGCUCUUGAAGUAAUGAUAUCCAAAAGUGGUUUUACAUGGGAUGGAAAUAGGAAGACGAUUCAAUGCGAGAAGGCACAAUAUGAAGAACAUUGUAAGAAUCACAAUGAGGCUAAGGGAUUGUAUGGUGUAUCAUUUCCAUACUUUGAGCAAUUGGCUGCUAUCUAUGGCAAGGACAUCGCAACAGGGGAAAAUGCUGAAGGCUUUGGAGAGGCAGUCAGAAACUUGGAGAAGGAAAUUGCUAUGGAGGAAGAAGAAAAUGAGGAAGAAGAUAUGAUCUCAACAGGGACAGCUAGACGGUCCAUUGACACUUGCUCUAUUGAUACAACUAGUUCUAAGAGACAAAAGAAGGAGGCAAGGCCAAAGAGGGCGACGGGACCAAGCGAUCCUUUUGCAGCCAUGCUUCAAGAUGUCAACAACCAACUAAACAGUGUGACACAACAUGUUGGUACGAUGGCAACAACAUUUUCAGCAGCAAUGACACGAGAAACAACCCAAGAGGUCCCUCAACAGAAAUCAAGAGAAAAGGCAAUUAGUGAAUUAUCUAGGCUUGCAUUCACUGGGAGCGAGAUUGUUGACGCUGCAACUAUAUUUGCUAAAACUCCAGAACACAUGAACAUGAUGCUUGUGCUUCCAGAAAUCCUUAGGAGGGACUUCGUCCUCAAAAUGCUCUCGGACGAAAGAAAGAAGCAAGGUUGAUGGGAAAGAAGGCCCUUCUCCACUAUUGGUGUGACAUGACUGAUAAAAAAAUAAGCAAGGUUGAUUAGAAAAUGUGUUCAGUGGUGUGCCUUAGAAGAUGAAGAUCGACGGAAAAGCUGGUUGAAGAUCGUGAACUUGGCCUUUCUAUUUAUCCUAUGAAAACAAUUUUAUAGACUAAUUAUGUAGUUUAUUUCAAAGUGUGUCGUUGAAUUUUGGGUUUGUAUCCAUGGCCUAAUAUGCAUUUUAAAAAUGUGUAAUGUCGUUAAAGUUGAACCAAAUUCUUGUUCAAAGAUGUCUUUGCAUUGGAUGAAUGCAAAAAUAUUUUUAAAUUAUUUACUUGUUUGAUGAA